CAUGACUUUAUGUGACACACUUCAGAAUCCUAAUUUUCACAAUGGAGAACAUUUUGCCCAAGUCUAUUGGAAAAUGUUUUGUUUUUAUCUCUUCCCGGUCACAGCUCGACUAUUGAGAAGGAUGCAAAUAAGGUAUAGUGGAGAACAAACUGUUCUUUGAUUAAAAUGUCUUAUUAUUUUGAAGCAAUAAAGGCAGCAUCUACACAUCUGCCCAAGUAGACAUUUGCCAGCAAGAAGAAAAGGUUGGAGCCUAAAAGUUCCAUCUUUGCUUGCUGUUGUACAAGAGGACACUAUUGCUGGGAAGUGCUGUGGUGUCUUGGCAUUUUGGGACUGCGUCUUGAGGUUGAAUCUGAGCCAAGGUCUGUUAUCUGAAGCUGUCCACUUUCACCAAAACCAUACCUGCAAGAAGAAAAAGCAGAGUAUUCAUGAGCCAUUUAAAUAUCUGUCCUGGUCUCCUAUUUUAGUGUUCUGGUUGCAUACUGUUUGAACAUUUUAUUCAGUGAUUUUUUUACUGCCACUAGAGAGAGCCAGAGUAUCAAUAAUGGCACCUGCACCUCACAUUGAGAUGUUCUUGUUUUACAUUUCGUUGAAUUUAAUGUGCUCAUGUGCAGGAUUACCUCACUAAUGGUGAAACAGUUAUCCUGGUACAAAAAAAGGGCCAAUAGUGACAUAAUCUUCCACUUGGGCCUAUAGGUUCAUUUCUGUUUCCAUACAAGCCAAAAUGUAGCUUUUCAACCAAACACAGACUCACGUCAAGCAAGCUAUUGAAAGAAAAUGAUCGUUCCUAGGGAGACUACCUGCAGAAAACAGGACGUUUUGGACAUUUGGUUGUGGCUGGUCCACCACGUCCUGAGCAUCUGACAGUUCCUGACUGACAAGAACAUUGCGAGAUUCAUCUUGCAGGACCCUCCUGAUCUGUUGAUGAAGUUCUUUUCAUUCCUUCACAAUUUAGUUUGUAAAAGUCAUGGGUGCUGUGAUUUUUUUCACCUUCUUGUCAAUAUGAGAACCACACAAUGUAAUAAAAGAAAAGUAUGUUGUGCGCAAAUUAGUAUUUUCAUUGUACCAUGUUAUCAAAAUUGGACAGUAGCAACCUAUUUUGAUUUUUAUACAUAGUAAGUAAAUUUUUACUAAAAAGUUUUUAUUAUUUUACUUUUACUCAUGUGAAUGAGUUGAUUCUGCACGACAGUGUAUGAGAACUUAUACCACUCCUGCCUUAAUCGUAAGGAAGACAAAGUACCCAUUGAGCCAAUUUAAAUGCUGUAGUAGCAUUGAUUUCAAUAAUUAAAUAGAUGUGACCUGAUUCCAAUUAUUAUAUUCAUGUUACCAGUGGUCAAGUCAAGUCAAGUCAAGUUUAUUUAUAUAUAGCCCAUGGAAUGAUUCAUUGACAACUAAAAAUUUGUGGAUGAGAAAUUCAGCGGCUCAUCCUUCGCAGGUGUGAUGAGACAACAGUGGGCGUGGCUUAUGGUUGGCUGGUGGCAGACCUUUCAAAUUUCACAUUGUUGCAUGCACCAUGUGAGUUGAGCUUGUGAACCACCGAUGAGGCCUUCAAAAAGCAGCCAUGAGUUCUGCAAAGCCAUACAUCGGCUGCAAAAUAGGGCUACUUUCAAAAGCCCAAAAUCGCUAUGAGGGGAUUUUGUAUACAAUUGACAAAGUGAACUCCACAGUUGUGCUGGCAAAAGUCAAAUGUUUUGGAACCGAGGGACGACCUACUGAUAGACCUACACCUCCCAAAGAUGAUAUUUUUGAUUUUCUCACCUUCCGUGGAAAUGAUAUUAAAGAUAUCACAUUGUGUGAAGCUCCAAAGCUCAGUGGCCUACCUCACGAUCCAGCAAUAGUGCAAUCAAGUGUAGGACCGUCAGGUGUCUACUCACCUCUUGGACCGUAUGGUCCACUUCAGAUGCCUGCCUACAGCCAACUUGCUGCCAGUUCACUUCUUAACCAGCAGUAUGCUGCAGCGCUUGGCCUUGGGACCAUCCUUCCAGGCUUGCAUGUUCAAAAAGGUCCGAUGGUGGAAAAAGCAGUUCAAACUCUACGUGGGGAAGAGUUUAGAAAGAGAGGUUUGGCUGCUGCCCAGGAGCAAGGUCAGCACUUGGAGAAGAUGAGAGGAGAAACAACUGGAAGGGCCAUUGGAUCAGGCAGGAGGUCGGGCCCUGGUGUGCCCGAUCCCCUCCAAAAAUCCUCUCAGCAGCAGCAGAAUGGAAACAGGCCUCCAACCAGACGCCGAGGUGCCCGAAGACGCAGAAACCGGAGUAGGGCUCCGUUGAUGGUGGGCAAGGUUCCUUCAGCCACCCUCAAAUUUGACACGGAUUUUGAUUUUGACUACUCAAAUGCACAAUUCAUUAAAGAGUUGGCGCAGGAGAUGCAGAAAAGGUUGAAUAUUAAAGAUGGACAUGAUGAUAAUGGAGAAAAACAAAGCACUGAAGAACGUCAGAGGGAGGAGCAUCAUCAUUCCGGACCAAAAUGCUACUAUGACAAAGCAAAGUCUUUCUUUGAUAAUAUCUCCUCUGAUAAUAAACAUAGACUCACCUGGGCAGAGGAGCGUAAGCGCAAUCUGGAGACAUUUGGGGUCCCUGGAUGGUUCCGCAGGGGCCAAGGCUUCAGAGGGGGGUAUGCAGGAAGAAGGGGACGAGGCACACCUCGUACUCGAAUAUCUUAAAGAAGCAGUAAUGAACAGCUGUGAAGGUCAGGGUUGAUGGAUGCUCCUAGUAUAUUUUUUUCAGAUUUUUGUGACAUCAAAAAGGAAAGUAUAGUUGCAUGCAGGAUCAUCUUUGCAUGCUAUUUAUUUGGGGGUGUUUGAUGCACUAACAAUGUUAUUCCCAUACUACUAGCUUUUUCAUUUGGCUUGAUUACGUUUUGCCUGCGACUGCAUGGCUAUUGAGUACACGAUUAUGUUUUUCUAAAAAUUCCUUUUCCUCAAUUGUCCAAGGGGCUUUUUUCCCCCCCCCAC